AUGGCGACGGAGAUCCAGGGCUACUACGACGACGGCACCGUCGUGGUGUCGUUCGACGCGGACCACAUCGACACGACGGUCACGAACUGCGGCAGCGUGGUGGAGUGGUGGCUGCGCGAGACCUACCGCCUCCACGGCCGCGGCGGCCACAUCGCGGGCCUCGACGUGGAGUGGCGCCCCGCUCGCGUGCCGGGCCCCGUCCCGCCUGUCGCCGUGCUGCAGAUCUGCGUCGACCACCGCUGCCUCGUGUUCCAGAUCCUCCACGCCGACUACGUCCCCAACGCCCUGUCCGGGUUCCUCGCCGACCGCCGGUUCACCUUCGUCGGUGUCGGGAUCGGCGACGACGUCGCGAAGCUGCGGGCUGGGUACGGGCUGUGGGUGGCUAACGCCGUGGACCUGCGCGCGCUCGCCGCCGACACGCUGGGGAGGCCCGACCUGCGCCGCGCGGGGCUGCCGGCGCUGGUGUGGGUGGUGAUGGGCUUGCAGAUGGAGAAGCCGCACCACGUCCGCGUCAGCGCCUGGGACGCGCCCACGCUGUCGGGCGACCAGCUCAAGUACGCCUGCGCCGACGCGUUCGCCUCGUUCGAGGUCGGCCGGAGGCUCUACGACGGCGACUACUAG